AUGUCAGAUAACACUACUUUAGACAAUAUCAGUGUCAACUCCGAAAAAGUCGUCGACUACACCAUUCACCAUGACGACCGCAAAGAACUAGAAAGAUUAGUCUCCCACAACAAGGGGGUGGAAAAGAUCGUCUCCGAGUUAGCUGAAGGUGCUGGUCAGUUAGGGCCAUUGGAACAGCCAUACGAUAUUCACAAAGUCGAGACUCACCCAGAUCCACACACCGACUACAACGACGCCGACCCUUGGAAGUACCCCAUUGACAAAGAAACAAAAUUGCGUUUAGUGGACUGGACCGAAGGAGACAAACACAACCCCAAAAACUUUGGUAAGGGAUUCAAAUGGUUGUGCACGGUCUUGUUAGGGAUGAUUUGUUUUGUUGUGGCUUUAGGUUCAGCUAUCGUUACUGGGGAUUUAGAAAGACCAGCUGCAGAUUUCGGCGUAUCAGAGGAAGUUAUCAUUUUGGCUUCAGUUACUAUGUUUGUUAUUGGUUUUGGUGUAGGGCCAUUGGUGUUUGCCCCAAUGUCUGAAGAGGUGGGCAGAAAACCUAUUUAUGUGGUCACCUUAUUUGUUGCGGUGGUGUUUAUUGUCCCUUGUGGUGCCGCCCAAAACAUCGCUACCUUGCUUAUAUGUCGUUUGAUUGACGGUACAGCCUUUAGUGCACCAAUGACAUUGAUUGGUGGGUCGUUGGCAGAUAUCUGGGAAGGGCCAGAAAGAGGUACAGCCAUGGCAGUGUUCUCCGCUGCUCCGUUCUUGGGACCUGUGUGCGGUCCAAUUUUCGGUGGGUUGUUGUGUGACUAUGCCCCAACAUGGAGAUGGGUAUACUGGACGUUUUUGAUCGUUGCAGGGUUUUUCUAUGUUGUGUUUAUUGUUGUGGUUCCAGAAACCCACCACGGAAUAUUGUUGAAAAAGAGGGCCAAAAAGUUGAGAAAGGAUACUGGCGACUCUCGCUAUAGAUCGUUCAACGAAUUGCAAAUCAGAACUUUUGCCCAAGUCGCCAAGACCUCCCUCUUGCGUCCAUUUGUCUUGCUCAGCGAGCUUAUUGUCUUUUUGGUCACCAUGUACAUGUCAGUGUUGUACGGUUUGCUUUACAUGUUCUUUUUCGCUUAUCCUAUCGUCUACCAAGAAGGCAAAGGGUGGUCAGCCUCAAAAACUGGUGUCAUGUUUAUCCCUAUUGGUGUGGGUGUCAUUGCUUCGUCGUUGGCAGCACCUUUUUUCAACAAGGACUACAAUAGACGUGCCCAGGAAUACAGAGACAGAGGAGAGUUGCCUCCAGCUGAAUUGCGUUUAAUUCCGAUGAUGAUUGGGUGUUGGUUUGUCCCUGCUGGUCUUUUCGCCUUUGCCUGGUCUUCAUACCAAAGACUUUCGUGGGCCGGUCCGUGUUUCUCGGGUUUCGCCGUUGGGUUCGGGUUCCUUUUGUUAUACAACCCAGCAAACAACUAUAUCGUCGACUCCUACCAACACUAUGCUGCAUCUGCAUUAGCCGCUAAAACGUUUGUCAGAUCCAUCUGGGGUGCGUGUGUACCCCUCUUCACUAUCCAGAUGUACCACAGAUUAGGCGACGAAUGGGCAACCUCCCUUAUGGCAUUCAUCUCCUUAGCAUGCUGUGCCAUCCCAUAUUUGUUCUACAUUUUCGGUGCAAGAAUUAGAACCUUUUCCAAAUACGCAUACGCUCCAAACAUGGAUUAA